ACAAUAUAUAAUACAUUUAUGUUCCAAAGGGGCAUAAUAAAGUUAAAUAAAAAAUAUUGGUGAGCUAGCUUCAUCUUUUCGUUUAGAUGGUUGCAGCGAACUUAAGGUGUUGUUCAACUGAUCUAUCUGUCCAAACAUCGGAGCUUUCUUCUUCUUCUUCUUCUUCUUCUUCUUCUUCUUCUUUUCCCUUUCUUCUUUUUGUUUCAAACAGCAGAAUUUUAUGAUAUUAUUAUAAUAAAUGAAGUGGAAGAAGGUAACGAAGGUAGAAAAAGUUAUGGAAAAAAAAAACAAUCAGGUAAAGUAGAAGAUAACAGGAAAAUAUAAUGAUUUUCCAUAUACAAUUUCAACAGAGGAAGACUGAAAGAUUCUCUGAGGUGAGGUUCCUCUUAUCAAUUAUAUAACCCCAGAUUAUGAUUUUUCUUUUUAUAUUUAUGACCACUGACUUGGUCAAAGGCUGUGGCUAGGAAAUACUAUAAUUUUUUUUUCUCUUCAUUUAUUAGCUUGUUGUAUCAAAUAAUCUGUAAGGAAAACAGAUGGAAACGCCAUACUUAUUUUUUUCACCUAUCAUUAAACCUAAGUUACCAAACCAUUUAAACAUAAGAAAUGAAUAAUUAAUUGAUGUUAAAUACAAACCAGAUUUUAUUUUCAUUAUUUAUGCAAUUCAGUUACUGUUUCUAUAUAGUGCACCUAUUUUUUAAAACAGGGUUUUUUAUGGGUUUUGAAAAGGAAUGGUAGUGAUGGUUGUUAUCUUUUUCUUUUAUACCAUCAACAACCAUCUUCCCUAAUUUGUUUGCUUGCCCACCUCAUUAUUCUCAACAAAAGAAAAAUUAAUUUGUUAUACUGAAAUAUGGAAUAUUUAAUGGAAUAUAUAUUUAAAAGAAAUAAAGAAUUCCUCUAUAAUAUCUAUCUUUUUCUUCUUUUCACACUAAAAGGAUCAAACCACAACUCUCUUAUACUUUGACCAGUUGCCUUCAUCACAGCCUUUCUCUCUCACACACAUGGGUGUCCCACCCUGAUCUUUUUGAGUGAAACCACGAGCAGAAGCAGCAGCCUCUCUUUUUGAGAAGAAAAGGCUAGAGAACAACUCCUUUCCCUCCUUUCUCUUUACCCCUCUCUCAAACAAAAAAGAUUUAAAAAAACAAACCCUAGUUCUGCUGAACUCUUACAGGGCUAAAAGCCAAAAGAAAGGCAAGAAAGAGAUUACAAGAGACCCCUCCCAGCAAAGUUUACUUUCAUUUUACCUCUCUUCUGCAACCAUUAGUUUGAUGAUCCCUGAGCUGUUAAUUCCUUUCUUUACACAUACCCUUUUGCUCAAAGACAAAGUAAAAGCAAGCAAAGCACUGUCUUCUUUGCAGAUCAGAGCUUUAAAGACAACAUGGGUACUUUCUGAUAGCUCUGCUUCCAGAAGAUCUUCCUCUUUCUUCUCUCUUUUCCUUCUUUUUUUUUUCUUUCCUUUCUUCUCUCUUUUUUGUAUUACCUCACGCUUCGUUUUGUAGCUUCCUUCUUAAAUGAGUCCGAGUGGUAAGUAAGCAAAAAAUCUCUUCUCUGAAACUCCUCAUAUCUCUGUGUCCCUUUUACGUCUUUCCCUCUUUUUUCUUGGCUAUUUCCGGUCUGUUUGUCUUUUUACCCCUUCUUUCUCAUGGAUUCUGGUAAUAGUGGUAGUAUGCCAUCUUCGAGUGGUGGCAGUGAAGAGUAUGAUUCACGCGCUGAGUCCAUCUCAGCUUUCUUGAACAAUAAUUCAUCGAGCCAUGUUGGUCAUGGUCCCUUGGGGAACCAACCACCACCACCAGCACCACCGCAACAGCAACACCAGAGUCACUCUUCAUCAGCUAUGUUUGACCCUUUAUCAAACUACUUCGAUCAUCCUUUAUCAAGAUCACCGCAACUUACAACAAUUCCAAAUUCACUCCUCAAUCUUGAUGUGGUUUGGUCCAAAAAUCUAAGAUCUGAGCCCAAUUGCACUGAUCUUGGUGGGUUCAUAGCGUCAUCAUCACCAACCCAACAGUUGUUGACCAACCAGCAGGCACAAAGCAGAGCUACUUUUCCUUCUAUGCAGAUCCCUCAAGGACCAGAGAGCGCUACAAAAAGUUCAAUUUCAGGCACAGGUGACCAACCCAACAACAACAACAGCAACAUGGUGCGUAACCCAAAGAAGAGAUCCAGAGCUUCUAGGCGUGCACCAACAACUGUUUUGACCACAGACACCACCAAUUUCCGAGCCAUGGUUCAGGAGUUCACUGGGAUCCCUGCACCACCCUUCACGUCCUCACCUUUCCCGAGAACCAGGCUUGAUCUAUUCGGUACACCUUCCACUAUGAGAUCAACCCCUUUAGACCCUUCACCUCCUCAUUAUCUUUUAAGACCAUUUGCCCAAAAAAUCCACCCUCCCCCGUUUGUUUCUUCUUCUACGGCUUCCUCCUCAUUUCCUAGCUCCUCGAUGGUCGAUGCUAUAGCUUCUACUCCUAGUACUAACAUCACUUCCGCAUCUGCUAGUAACAACAAUACUACUUCUAGUUCAACUUCCAUUAACUACCAACUGUCAUCCGAGUUAGGCCUUUUAAAGCAGCCUCAAAAUCUCCUCAAUAUCAACAUGCAAAACCCAAUUCUUAACUUCCAAUCUCUCCUACAAGCCCCUCCAAAAUACCCGCUUCCCAAUUCAACCAUUCUUGGAACAAAACUGCAAGGGUCCUCAGAUAUGCCAUCAAAUGACUCUUCUCUCAAAAUGGGUGUUUUAGAAGAGUUUGGUUUGAGCCAUGGCCAUGUCAAUACCAACCUCAGCGGGCUCCAAAACAUGGUAUCAUCGGACGGGGCAUUGCCAAGAAAUGAUAGUAGUACUAAUCCUCCAAGCUGGGGAGAAGGGACAGGCUCCCAAGAACAUGAUCAAAGUCUCCUAAGGUCCAUCAAUGGCGGCUACAACAGUAACUCUCAGAGAGUCUCAAAUGGGAAAGUGAGCAACUUCUCGGCUUCUUCAUCGGACUUCCAUGGCGAUAAAGGGCCAGAAAAUGUAGCUACAAGAAGUGAAGGUAUGGUGGAGUCAUGGAUAUGUUCCUCAGAUUAGGAGUAUCUAAAACGUUACCAAAAAUAAACCAAAAAAAGAAAAGGUUUCAAAAUGAGAAAAUCUCAACAAAGAAUAUCAAGGAAAUGAUGCGAGUACAUCACAUGAUGCAUGAAAGAGAUGGAAUCUUUCUUGUUCUCUCCCAUAUUAACCAUGACUUUCGACAUAAUUGAAAACACUGUUUUUUUUUUUCUUUCCUUUUUGUCUUAUCUUUUUUUCUCCCCCUUUUAAAGUUUAAACCUCCCCCUUUUAUUUUGAUCAUCACUAUGUAAAUAAUAGUAGCGUCUCUCUAUAUAUAUUCUUUUUUCCUUCUUUUAUUUGUCACAUUUUCUCAUAUUAUAAUAAUGUUCUUCAUACAUGGA